CAGACUUCACUUGGAGCGCCUAUAUAGGUUCAGUCGUCUGUCUCGGAUGUUACACCAGAGCCUUGUCGGCGGAGAUACCGGCAUGAGAACGGAUGCGUUUGAGAGGCUAAACACGGACUUUUCCUCAGAUUUGUAACAACCCCCCGCUUCAUUCAUUAAGUUGGGAGGUUGAUGAAACUUUUCUUGAAUGAGUCUCCCGCCGCUGGCUGGCGCAUCUGGAUUCAAGUUAGUCGGAGCUGUCAAGUCCAGAGUUCAAUUCUUCAGCCGGAGCCUUUUACCCCGUUUUUAAACUUUGUGGCGAAAUACUGGAAUUAGUUUAAACCAAACUCUUAAUUUUGACAACUUUUUGUGAACAUUUUUUAUUGCAAGACACAAACAUGGAAAACUCGGUCCUGAGAAUGACAUGCGUCCUGGUGGCUAUCUGUCUCUUGGAUAAAAGGGUAGACUCCAAUGAAAUCUUGGGCCUGAAGCUCCCCAACAUCGACCCAAUCCUGAAUGCCAACACGGUGUGUCUGACACUGCCAGGUUUGACAAGGCGCCAGCUGGAGGUGUGCAUGCGUAACCCAGACGUGACGGCUUCAGCAAUCCAGGGAAUCCAGAUUGCCAUCCAUGAGUGCCAGCACCAGUUCAGAGGGCACCGCUGGAACUGCUCCAGCCUGGAGACUAGAAACAAAAUACCCUACGACAGCAUAGUCUUCAAAAGAGGUUUUCGAGAGAGUGCCUUUGCGUAUGCCAUUGCAGCAGCGGGAGUGGUGCACGCGGUGGCCAACGCCUGCUCCAUGGGCAAACUGAAAGCAUGUGGCUGUGACGAGAAGCGACGAGGGGACGAGGAGGCUUUCCGUAUCAAACUCCACCGCUUGCAAGUUGAGGCCAUCCAGCGAGGGAAGGGUAUGGUGCACGGUGUUAUGGAGCACUUCCCGGCUGACCUGCCAGGGCCCCAAGACUCAUGGGAGUGGGGCGGCUGCAGCCCUGACGUGGAAUUCGGAGAGAAGUUCUCACGGGAUUUCCUGGAUGCCCGUGAGACCUACAAAGACAUCCACGCUCGUAUGAGGCUGCAUAAUAAUAAAGUUGGGAGACAGGUGGUGCUCGACCACAUGAGAAGGAAAUGCAAGUGCCAUGGGACCUCGGGGAGCUGCCAGCUGAAAACCUGCUGGCAGGUCACUCCAGAGUUCCGGGUGGUGGGUUCAAUCCUCAAAGAACGCUUCCACAUCGCCACGCUUAUCAAGGCUCACAACCGGAACACUGGACAGCUGGACCACUCCCAUCACAACAACCAUCAUCACCAUCAUCAGCACAAUCACCAUCACCAUCGGCGGCGACCCAGCAUCAACGAACUAGUCUACUUUGAAAAGUCACCAGAUUUUUGCGAGCGAGACCUGGGCUCGGAUUCAGCGGGCACACAGGGCCGGAUCUGCAACAAGACCAGCCCGGGCAUGGACAACUGUGAGAGUCUGUGCUGCGGCAGGGGCCACAACAUUCUGCAGCAGACGCGAAGCGAACGCUGCAACUGCAAGUUUCACUGGUGCUGCUACGUGGUCUGUGAAGAGUGCCGAAUAACAGAGUGGGUCAGCGUCUGUAAAUGAAGAAACACACACCAAAAGGCUAAACAAACAAAACGGAGAGAAAGAGACAUUUUUUAAGCCAGAAUAUUACUUUGAAAUGGGGACAUGACCAUAAGUUGUGUGCCCCGUUCUUUUUUGCGGUGGACUGCAGUUUUUCUUUGCAGAGAAGAUGUGCAAGAACAGAGUGGGAAGCAGUUGAGCCAGCAGAAAGAUAGAAGUGUAUGUUGGUAAAGAAUGUGCACAUGCAGCAUAUGUGAAAAGGUGCCACAACUCAAAGACCUUGGAUGUAUACUGCCUUCAUCACGAGGUCGAGGAACAUAGUAAUUUAAAGAUACAAAUCUGAAAUAAAUUCAAUACAUUGUGACUGGCACAGAGCUGCAUGAGAGUCAAGUGAGCAAAGAGGAAGUUUAAAGUAAGUAGUAGAGAGAAAGUUUGCAGGGGGAACAUAAGAUCUGCACAAAACUUAAACUCAAGUAUAUUUCUGAAACAGAUCGUACACCAAAAAGUUGUCCCUCGAUCCUCAAUUGCAAGUACCAUCACUUAUAGCAUAGCAUAAAUCCAGCCAUGGUUAUUAUUUACCUUGUCUCCUAUCUGCUACAUGUAGAGGCAAAACGUCAGGACUCAUAGUGCACACAGUUUGACAAAGCACUUACAUAUCUGGGGCACUGAAGGAUUUUAUACCUUGUUUAAGGACAGUUCAGAAUUUUCCAUAUUUAUUUAUAGCAGCUAUCAUGUUGCACAUGGAAUACGUUGAAUGAUUGUCUGGCUCAACUGAAAGUCAGUGUUACUACCCCUGCCAACACUAAUAAUAAUGUUAAAAAUGUUAAAAAAGAGGUAGAACUGAUUUGAUUGCAAUGCUGCCUUCAUGAGCAGAACACGACAAUGACCUCUUUAGAAACAGCAACGAUGAAUUUGAGUGGCUGAAGUCUAAAGAUCAAAAGUGUGAUCUGAAACCCGGAUUGCUGGCGCUGACUCCAAGUAUCAAAAAAACACUUCCUUUUCUCUCAUGGUGGCUGUCUAGAUACUGUAAAUGUUUCCACUAAUAAGCUUCAGACAGACCAAGAACCGUGUCUAUACACUAUAAGAUUCAUUUCAUAGUCCCUGUUCGAAAACCGUUUGAGGCACGAACGUGUACCCGUGUAUUCAGAAAUCCUUGAAGAUGUCGCACAGCUCCAGAUUUAUGUCAUCCAAAAUGUGUGGUCCGUGUUGUGUGUGGUACGUAAUGUAAGAGGACCGAGAACGGUUUUCAUCGUCAACAUGAUCUGAACAGCACUGUAAAUAAAAAUGAAUAAUGCUGCACCGAAUACCAUCAAUAAUUUUUAAAGUGCCUCAGGAAACUGAGUGCGCACAAACACGCUCCAGUUCCUCACACUAUAAACAUCCAAAACUGUCAUCAAUCAAAUGUUUCCUGUUUUGUGAUGCAAUGUAAUGUGUGCAACACUGUAAGCUUUGUGUAAUAUAUCUACACUCACCUACUUCACACUUCUUUGAUGUGUACUACAGGGAUAUUCUGAUGUCAACUUCUAACUAUAUAUAAGAAAAAAAGAACAUUGAUAUGGAUUUCUGCCUGUACACAUUUAUAAGAUCAUAUUUGGUUUCAUGAAACCUGUAUGAGUACGGCUCCUUAUCAGACAGUGUAAUUUAUUUUGAGUAAAUAUAUUUCUGUGUUGAAAGCAGAGAAAAAAAUCUGGGAUUAUAUUUCCAGUGUAACAGUUUAUUUUGAUCCUGAUAAGUAGUUUGCACAUACUUAACUGUGUCCAGGAAAACUCUGGGAAGAUAUCAGCAAUAUGCAUUUUUUCAUGUCAUAAAUGUAUGUAUGUGUGUAUUUGUAU